AUGGUGUUUAAUUGGUGGCUUCUUCUGUUGCUGUUACAAGUACUAUGUGGGGUGACAGGCAACAUAGUCAAGCUCAACAAUGGUGGGUUUGAAGACAUUGUCAUUGCAAUCAAUCCUGGGGUACCUGAAGACAACAAAAUUGUUGACAAUAUACAGGAUAUGAUUAAAGAGGCAUCUACUUAUCUCUUCAAUGCUACAAAGCAAAGAUUUUAUUUCAAGACUGCAAAAGUUAUAAUUCCUUUAACAUGGACACAGAAAGAUGUAUAUAAGAGAGUAACUACAGAAACCUAUGAUAAGGCCGAUAUCAUAGUAGCAGAUCCUUUCCUGAAAUAUGGUGAUGAUCCCUACACCUUGCAGUACGGUGGAUGUGGGGAACGGGGGCGAUACAUUCAUUUCACACCUAACUUCCUGACAAAUGAUGGUUUGCAUGAUGUUUAUGGAUCACGAGGCAGAGUUUUUGUCCAUGAGUGGGCUCAUCUCAGAUGGGGUGUCUUUGAUGAAUAUAACAACAAUGCACCUUUCUAUAAUACUGGGCCACUUAAGGCUGAAGCAACAAGAUGCUCAGCUGGUGUUACUGGUCAAUAUAUAUUCCCACUUAGCCCAGGAAAAAACAGAAAAUGCAAAGUUGAACGCCGAACGCAGCUGUAUGAACCCGGGUGCCAAUUUAUUCCAGACAAACAGCAAACUACUCCAGCAUCUAUAAUGUACAUGCAAAGUCUCUCUUCUGUUACUCAGUUCUGUGAUGAAAGUAACCAUAAUAUUAAAGCAACAAAUAUGCAGAAUAAGCUGUGCAAUUACAGGAGCACAUGGGAAGUAAUUAUGAACUCCACUGACUUUGUCAGUUCACCUCCAAUAAAUGUUCCUCCGCCCAACCCCACCAUCUCCUUGCUGCAAACACAGGACAGAGCUCUGUGUCUGGUUCUUGAUGUUUCUGGAAGUAUGGGUUCGAAUGAUCGCAUUGGUCGACUGAAGCAAGCUGCAGAAAUAUUCCUCCUACAGAUUAUUGAAAUGGGCUCCUGGGUUGGAAUUGUCACAUUCAAUAGUGCAGCAAAAGUUCAGACUUAUUUGCAAGAAAUCACCAGUGACAGUGAGCGCCAAACACUUGCAGCCUAUCUGCCUACCACAGCUAGUGGAGGAACUAGCAUAUGUUCUGGAGUGCGGACAGGAUUUCAGGUGUUUAAACAAAAAUAUCAAAGUACCGAAGGCUGUGAAAUUGUGCUCUUGACAGAUGGAGAAGAUGCAGGCAUUGGCUCUUGCUUUAAAGAAGUUGAAAGUAGCGGGUCUAUCAUUCACACUAUUGCUUUGGGACCAAGUGCUGCAAAAGAACUAGAAGCGUUGGCUGACAUGACAGGAGGUUUGAAAUUUUCUGCCACUGACAAUUUGGAUUCCAACAGUCUCAUAAAUGCUUUCACUGGAAUUGCUUCGGGAAGUGGAGAUUUCAGUCAACAAUCUAUUCAGCUUGAAAGUCAAGGACAAAGCAUUGGUUCCCUGAUGGCGCUGAAUGGUAUUGUAUCUAUUGAUAAAACAGUGGGAAACGACACUUUCUUCGUAGUUUCAUGGAGUGAGGCCAUAUAUCCUCCAAUGAUUAUUCUGACAGAUCCCAAAGGAAAAAACUAUGCUACACAAGACUUUGUAAUUGAUAGCACCAACCACAGAACAGCACGACUCAACAUUGCUGGAACUGCAAAGACAGGAGACUGGGUUUACACAAUAAAGAAUACCCAUUCAGCAGCUCAAGUCCUAUCCAUAGUAGUCACCACUCGAGCAGCAUCUGCAUCUGUGCCUCCAGUGACUGUGAAGCCCUAUAUGAAUAGGGAUACCAAUAGCUAUCCUAAUCCAAUGGUUAUUUAUGCAGAAGUCAGCCAAAGAUUCUUGCCUGUUGUUGGUGUAAAUGUCACAGCCACAGUUGAACCACAGACUGGAACACCUGUAGAGCUAGAGCUUUAUGACAAUGGUUCAGGUGCUGAUAUUAUCAAGAAUGACGGAAUCUACUCCAGGUAUUUCACAUCAUUCAAAGUAAAUGGCAGAUACAACAUCAAAGUGCAGGUCCAAGGGAAAGACAAGACUGUCCGACGGGUCCGUAGGCAGAAUCAAGCUCUCUAUGUACCAGGUUAUGUAGAAAAUGGCGUAAUAAAAAUGAACGCACCAAGACCUGAAGUCAGUGAGGAUGAAAUCCAAGCAGACCUAGGGAAUUUCAGCAGAGUAGCAUCAGGUGGUUCUUUUGUAGUAGCAGGCGUUCCUCCUGCAGGUAGUCCCUCAGAUGUCUUUCCACCUUGUAGAAUCACUGACCUUGAGGUAGAGCUAGCGGAUGAUGAUGAUGAAUUCCUUUUGUCAUGGACAGCUCCUGGAAAUGACUAUGAUACAGGAAAAGCUGAAAGAUAUGAAAUAAAAAUGAGUGAAAAUCCCUUGGAAUUAAGAGACGCAACUUUUCACACUGCCACUUCUGUGAAUACUACUGAUUUGACAACUGAAGUUGCUGGGGUCAAACAAUCCUUUCGGUAUAAGCCAGAAAACUUUGCAAAAGAAAAUGGCACCUCAAUCUACUUUGCGAUUCGUGCCAUUGAUGACAGCAACAAUGUUGGCGAAGCAUCUAAUAUAGCAAGAGCAGUUGUGCUUCUUUCUGCACUGCCAAGUACUCCCUCUAGUCCUUCUACUACUCACACUACUUCCUCAACUCACACAACUCGUCCUUCUACUACUCACACUACUUCCUCUAAUGCAAAAACCAGUGUGUUAAAUACUAUUACUAUAAUUACGAUCAUUGUAUUUGUUUCUGUAAUUUGUUUCUGUAAUUUGUUUCUGUAAUUAUUAUUUGUGCAAUUGUUAGUAUAACAAUUUGUGUUUUACGUAAGCGAAGAAACAGAAGUCCUGAGACUGGAAUGUAAUGCUGCUGCUGCUGCUGCUGCCGCUACCUUAACUUUAAACAACAAAUUAUUAAUUUUUUCAGGAAAAAUUCACAGUACAUCUAACUGCAUUGAUACAAAUACAAAGAAAAUAAAUGAAAAGUACAGAAUACUUCUGUGAUAUGAACAUAUCAUUACCAGGGCUGGCACCAAAGGGCGGCCAGGUCGGGCCCUGGCUGAGGGCGGUUUACAGGGGCCUGUGAAAGGCCCCUCAGUAGAGUCCCAAGGCUACCAGUCACAAAAUAGCUGCCGUGGGGGUGUGGCAUUGCAUUCUGUGAAAUGCAAAUUGUAAUACGUUAAAAUACAAUAUAGACAAUAA